AUGGACCAGCAAGACCGUGCGUCGCCUGCACUUGAGGUCGGCAUGUCCACGACCGACGGCAGUGUCUCUACUGCGGUUCACGAUGGAACCUCGCUCAUUCCGCCUGCCACUCCUACCAGCGUAGGAUCUGCCGCCCAGACUGUUUUCGCCCUUCCCGAACUUCUCGAGAGUAUCCUCCUUCAAAUCUCCACAUUCAAUCAAGAGGAUAGGCACCUGAACCCAGCCAAGGACCUCUUCAUCCUUCAGCGGGUCAACAAGACUUUCCAAGCCGUCAUCACGCGCAAUAAGACGCUGCAACACCACAUGCUCCUUCAGCCGAAUCGACCAGGAUCGCAAGACUUCAGUAUGGAGCAGACAAUGAGCUGGCUCAUGUCGAAUGUCGGAUUCUGCUGGGAUCGCCACGAGCUGUUCAAGACGAAGUACAAGACGCUAUUUCUUCGUCCACUCGACAAAGGCCUCCGUUUCGCCGCGACAAAGGAUGCAUCCUGGCGCAAGAUGAAGAUUCGCUUCGUUUCUGUCUCUGGCGAGAAUGGCUUCUGGUACGACGACGGGAACGAUAUUGGGUUGUAUCUCAUUCGGGACCGUGGGGUGGACAUGAGGCUCGGGAACCACGUUCGGGUGCUUCUCAGUCAAACUCUUCGCUUUGGGGUGGAAAUGACGCUCGGGAAGCUACACGAAGGGCUGAUUUCCUUCAUGCCAUCGCUCAUCGAGUAUGAGAAGGCUGUCGAGGAGGCCAAGGUUGAGAAGACGGUCAUGGGCCCCCAGAGCCCUCCAAGGCGAACUCGUCCUUGCAAAGAUCGACGAGAUCGUCUUCGAAAGGAUCUUCGAGGCCGAUGUGCUCAGGAUGAUCACUGGCUGUGA